UGAUUUCAUCUUCUUUUAUCUCAUCCUUUCAAUAAUUUACAAUCACGAUUUUUACGACAUUGCAAAUGUGGUUUUUUGCGUGUGUCUUUAUUACCAUCUUAGCUCAGAUGCGUGGCCAAGACGAGAGUAUUAAGGAUAUCAACAAAGGUCAUCUUGAGGCUAUUGGUUCUCAAGGAACGUUAUUAGGAAGCAUACCUGAAAUAGCAUUUGCCCCAGAUGGAAGAUAUUUCUAUAAACAUUUCCUCCGUGGUCGUCGACCUGUGGUAAUACGCAAUGCUGCAAGUCAUUGGCUUGCUCUGAGAAACUGGCCUAAUGAAACCUAUCUGAAUGCGACCUAUGGAGAACUUCCAUUUACCGUACAUUUAUGUAAAGUUUACAGGGAUUCCAUAUGUGUUUACAAAGACAUGAACUUCUCUGAUUUCCUGGAAAAUUAUAAAGAACAAGCUAUAUAUUUGGAUUCACAGUUUCCACCCUCAAAUCUAAUAAAUGAGAUUAAUUUACCUCCAAUACUCCAGUGUGGAGAGAUCAGUUCUACUAUUAGCGAUGUUAAUCUUCUGAUGAACAGUGGAAAUUCCAGCUCACCUUUGCAUCAUGAUGGAUAUGAGAAUAUACUUGCAAUAGUUUCUGGGACAAAGAAAGUCAUUAUAUUUAAUAGCUCGUACAGUCAACAUGUUUAUGCUGAUAAUUUUAAUGCAUUGCCAGGACUUUCACCAAUUGAUCCUCAAAAAGUUGAUUUGGAGAAGUUUCCUAACUUUGCAGAUAUCAUGUAUUAUGAGUCAGACCUACAUCCAGGAGAUAUUCUGUACAUUCCUCAGUAUUGGUGGCAUUAUGUUGCAUCAAGCCGUUCGCCAAAUAUUGCUGUCAAUAUCUGGUUUGAAAUGUUUAAUUAUGAGGAGCAGUUUAAGAGUGCUGGUCUCAAAGAGAGUCAGGAUGUUGCUAAGACAGCAGAACUCUUUGAAAAGUUGGUCAAUGAAGAACCAGAGAGUAUUGCAUGUAAUGAACAAUCCCCUCCUCUUGACCAAGUUUUAAAAAUUGUUUUAAAUGAUAGUUCAUCCGCAUCAUUGAGAAUACCAAAAGUGGCAAAGAGACCCGAUGAUUUCAAACUGAUAACUGGCUACAAAAUGCCUCCCUUGGGUUUUGGGACAGCAGCGCUUCACCCUGAUGACAGAUUACCAGCAAUUCUGACAGCCUUGGAUUCAGGUUAUAGAUUGUUUGAUACAGCGCAGAUAUAUGGAAGCGAGGCUCCUUUAGGCGCUGCGAUCAAGGAACGAAAUAUUCCACGAGGAGAUAUUACUAUAGUUACCAAACUUCAUCCCCAGUACCAUGGUUAUGAUUCCACAAUUGCCGCAGUCCAAGAGUCUCUGGAGAAUCUUCAAACUGACUAUAUCGAUGUUUUCCUUAUUCACACAAAAUACUGCGACAACGGUUACUUCAGGUGUCCUGAAGGAAAACCUGAGGGAUCCUGGCAAGACAGUUGGCGUGCUAUGGAACAUCUCAAUGAAGAAGGAAAGAUACGAAGUCUUGGUGUGAGCAAUUUUGAUGUCGUUGAUUUGAAAGAACUUCUUAAUUUCACCAAACUUCCUGUGUCAGUGGUUCAAAAUUGGUUUGAUCCUUUUCAUCAAGACGUGAACGUGAGAGAGUUUUGUGCUAAACACGUUAUUCAUUACAUGGGAUACUCAACUCUUGGUUCCCAGUGGACAGCGUAUGGCGGCUUAGAGAGCAAUCCUGUGCUAACUUCGACAACAUUUUUUGAAAUUGCAAGUCAUUAUGAAUUUGUCGUUGCACAAGUUAUAUUGAGGUGGGCCAUUCAUCUGAACGUCACUGUCAUUCCAAGAUCACACGAUCCUCGCCACAUCUUACUCGACUUUAAGACGCUUGAUAUGGAACUGACGGAAGAUGAAAUUAAGCAAAUUACGGAGGAGUGGUUGCCAGCUAAUAACCAAGGAACAGAAGAAGAAGAGCAAGUAACCAGCAACCUGGACACGGAUGAUGAGAAAGUAGAUGAUUUAGAAUCAAAGACCCUGGACACUAAAGAGAACGACAUGAAUGAAGAGGACCAGACGACUGACAAAUAUAAGGAUGAACUUUAAAAUAUUUUAAAAUAGUUUAACUUAUUUAGAGUAAUAUUUAUUUAAGAACAGUAGGGUAUUCUUAACAUCAUUGUGAUCAUAACGAGAUAGUCGACUAUUCUUUCCGUAUUUUAGUCCCACAAUACAUCACGAUAACAAAUGGCAUCGC